ACGCAGAUGGUGGUUGCGGUUCAAGAUCCAUGUGACAGAGAUCUGUGAGCAUCUGCAAGUUGCAACUCAAGUAGCUCCCUGCGAACAUUUCCAGGCUAUGCAAUGUCCGAUACCAGCAAAGAGACUUUGGCAUCUGAAGUCUCUGAGCAACAACGGCUCUCUGCACAGCUCCAGCUGAUCGUGAAGCUUGCUGGUCCCAAGUUUAGCUGCGAACAUUGCAAGAUCAAGUGGCAGCACUACGUCAGCGGAAGCGACGUGCCGGUCGAGCUGCGUUUCCUCGACGCGAUCGCUCUGAUGUUGACCAGCGGGAAGCCUGGUGAUGACCUCGCGGCAGCUUUCGAUCGGCAUUUCCGAGGGACAAUUCUUGUGCUUGCAAAGAGUGGCAUUGCAGACGCCAGAGACAGGUGUGUUGCUACGGACCUCAUCCAUGCCGUCGCGGAAGCCAGGGAUGCACCCGACAUUCUGCCGGUCGUUCUUCCCUGUUGCCAUCUCGAAAUGCAAAAGCGUAUCGAUAAGCUGCACGAAUGCAUUCUUCAAUUCCUUGCUGUAUUUGAAACGGCUGUGGCGCAAUUCCGAGGGGCGCCACAAGUCGAAGAGGAGAUAAUCGCCGAAAACCUGGCUCAGGAUGUUCCGGAAGUGCGACAUCUCAGUG